AUGAGCAACCUCAAUAAGAAGAUCAAGAAAGAUGAGCUGAAAGAGUCCCUGUAUGCCAUCUUCUCCCAGUUUGGCCAGAUCCUGGAGAUUCUGUUGUCUUGGAGCCUGAAAAUGAGAGGGCAGGCUUUUGUCAUCUUCAAGGAGGUCAGCAGUGCCACCAAUGCCCUGCACUCCAUACAAGGUUUCCCUUUCUCCAACAAGACAAUGUGCAUCCAGUAUGCCACAACUGACUCAGACAUCAUUGCCAAGAUGAAGGGUACUUUUGUGGAGUGGGUCUGCAAAUGGGAGUUAAGAAAGCCCAAGAGCCAGCAGAUGCCAUCUGCCAAGAAGGCUGUGCAGGUUGGGGCAGCAGCCCCUGUGGUGGGAACUGUCCAGGGCCCUUCUGUCUUGGAGAAUCCACCAAAUCACAUCCUGUUCCUGACCAACCUGCCAGAAGAGACCAACAAGCUCCUGUUGUCCAUGCUUUUCAACCAGUUCCCUGACUUCAAGGAGGUCUUUCUGGUGCCAUGGGGGCACGGUAUCGCCUUCGUGGAGUUUGACAAUGAAGUGCAGGCCAGGGCCUGCUUGAGAUGCCCUGAAGGGCUUUAA